AUGGAUGAUAAUGUUCAAAGGAAUGGAAAGAAUGUAGUGAGUGACAUUUGUGACGACUCUAGCAAUGAUGACAGAAAUGACGAAAAAUGGUUGGAUAAAUUAACGGAUGAAGAAAUAUAUCAAAUGACAUUUAACAUGCAUGAAGAUGGAGAAACAUUCUAUAAUGCCUAUGUCAAAGUGAACGGCUUUAGUAUUCGGAACUAUAAUAUGCACAAGGAUAAUGCUGGUAUCGUGAAGUCAAGAAAGUGUGUCGCAUUGGAGAGAAGUUCUGGCAAGUACUUAGUUAAUAACUUUGUGAGCGUCCACAACCAUCCCAUGAUAGGACCUCGUGGUAUCCCUUUUCUCCGCUCCCACAGGAAGCGCAAUAUAGAGGUUGCGGACGGUGAUGCGGAAGGUGCCUUAGCCUACUUGUGUGCAAAAGCCGAAAAUGACCCCUUGUUCUAUUACAAAUAUGACGUGGAUGAGCAAAAUCGGCUAAAUGAUCUAUUUUGGAGAGAUGUAACAUGUAGGACAGAUUAUAUGUGCUUUGGAGAUGUGCUAAUAUUUGAUUCGACUUAUCGGACGAAUGCGUAUCGAAAGCCAUUGGUGAUAUUAGUUGGAGUUAAUAGUCACUUUCAAACAGCAAUUUUUGGUUAUACAUUGUUAACUGCUGAGACUGUUGAGGCUUAUACAUGGGUGUUGGAAAGAUUUCUUAAUUCCAUGGACCACAAGAAGCCUGUCUCGGUAAUGACUGAUGGGGAUAAGGCUAUACGGAGAGCAAUAAAAACUGUGUUACCUGAUGUUAAUCAUCGUUUAUGCAAAUGGCAUCUUAAAAAAAAUGUUGUCAGUAAUGUCCAUGUUCCCGGAUUCUUAGCUGACUUUGAGAAAUGCAUGUCAAUGUCAAUUGAAGAAGAGUUUGAAGUUGCAUGGAAGAAUCUUUUGGACGACUAUAGCCUUCACCAAAACAAGUGGGCAGUAGAUGUUUAUAAAAAGAAAACCUUAUGGGCAGAGGCAUACAUGCGAGCUGAUACAUAUACUCGGGACAUAUUUAACAAGUUUCUCAAAGAAUUUAAGAAAAAACAAUCAAUGUUUAAGGUGGAUAAAGUUGAGCUUGCAAAUUUUCGGGUUUACUACUUAUCUCGAUACCAACAGCCGGACGCCACGUGGAGUGUCAACUAUCAGCCUAAUGAUGGCAUCAUGAAAUGCUCUUGCUUGAAAUUUGAGUCAAUUGGGUUUCCAUGUCAGCAUAUGAUCUCAAUCAUGAAAAUGGAGCAUAUGAGAGAAAUUCCCUCUUGUUUGAUCUUAUAG